AUGGCUGUCAAGCCAGAAGUCGAAGAGGAGGUGCGAAACCUCCUGCAGAAUGCCUACACGAAGGCAUUAGUGGGAUCUGUGCGGAAGAUCAUGCAGGUGUUGGAACACCAUGGCUUGGCAUGCCGCCAAUGCCUGAGUUGCAUGAAGGUGGGCGUGCAUGACGCUAACCGAGAUGGUCUCGGUGUGUCGGCCUUCGACUGCCACAGGUUGUGCUCCGAGAUCAGCGACAUCGGCUACGACAGCCAGGAGUUCAAGGGGGUGGCAAUUCAGCUGCAGGGCGCAGAGCUGGAAAGGGUCCAGGCCUUCAACAGGAAGUUGCAGGAGGAGGCCCAUGGCCUUUUGGGUGGCGCAAGUGACAUGAUCAGGUACGCAAGUUUGGCUGGCUCUCACGCCAACUACGCCAUGAGGUGCUUCGCAUCGCAUGUGGAACACAAGGAUGAUGAGCUCACGUUGGACGGCCGACUCUCGCUAGAGAGGCUUGCGUCGAAGGAUGGCGCCUUCUACAAGGCCAUCGUUGAUGGCGAGACAUGGAUGGUGCUUGAGGCCACUUGCUCCACCACCUGGCCAACGCUGGCCGAGACAGUGCAGGCAGCUUACAAUGCAGCUGGGCAGCUGGCGAGGCAUGAGACUGACCUUCAGGUGAUGAAGAAGCUGCACACGGCCAUUGCGCGCGGUGCAGCCUACGACAAGGCGAAAAUGCAGGCGCUGCGUUCCAAGCCCCCGAAUGCAGGUGCAGUGCCGCGCAUGUACACCUUCGUCAUGCACUUCGCUGGGGGGCGAUCAGGUGAGUUCCUGAGAGAGACGGAGGCCUUCUUGCGCAUCAAGUGCGUGCCUGCAAGGCACUUGGCAGCCGAGGUGUACGAAUCCCUCGCAACCGAGAUGCGACACACGGGAGCGCAACAAUUCCCCAAGUGCCGCCAUGCGCUUCUUAAAGCACUCUUCACCACUGAGUCUCGGAUCACGGCCAGCGACCUUCGACGUCUCUUCAGCCAGAAGUCAGGUAUGAUGCCACAGCUGGAGGAAUGUGAGGGGUUGAUCACGGAUGUGCAGAAGCUCUUCAAGGACCUUGACGUGCCAGCUGAGGUCAAGUUGCAGCAUCAAGGUGACUUUGAGAUCUCUUUGAUGUUCUGCCUGUUGCAGAAGAAGGAGCCAGGCAAAGAGCAGCACGACAGUUUGCAAAGUGUUGCUCACAGUGCAGUGAUGCUGAUGAGGGAGCAUUCUGGUUUGAAGACUCCUGACCUCGUCUCCCCAUGGAUGCGUGAGUACGACGAGAGCGGGAAACAAUACACCACCGCAGCCUUGGAAGAGGCAGGCUUCGCUGUGAGCCAGCGGGUGCUCCACAAGAAGACCAAAGAGGAGGGCGAGAUUGUGGCCAUGACUUCGGAGAAAGUCACGAUCAACCUAGAUUCAAAGACGACCAUGACUGUUGGUGCGCAGGAGUUUCUGAUGGGCCAUUGGCAGACAGUGAAGGCCAAGGCGCCCAUUGAGUUUCUUGCCUGGGAAGACUGGGAGCCGUUCAAGUCGGUGGAGGUCUCAGUCAUGGAGCUCCAGGCUGGUGCAUGCUUGGCCCUUUGCGAGGCCGCCAAGAAGAAGAGCCUGGAAGGCCUGAUUACGUUGCAGACCAAACCUGCGAAAGACGUGAUUGCAGCAAAGGCGAUCUCGAAGCAUGCCUUGCAGAUCAUCCCAGUGACCUCAAAGAUUCAGGUGCAGGAGGCCACGAAGGGAAAACAGAUUCCGCCUUCGGCGAUCUCCAUGGGCCAGAAGAAGAUUGGCGAAGCUGUCUUUGACAUGUGGCUCAUGCCGCAUCCUUUGAAGGAGGGUUGCCUUGUGAGCCCGGCUUUCAUGGUGCGGAGCACAGAGGAUGAAAGCAAGGCCAACAUGGAGAUCUGGCCGGCGCUGGGCAGGCAACAGGUCAAGGAGCUGAAAGUUCCAGUGUUGAGGAACAUGAAGGCUGUGAAGAAGGGAGAACAAUUGCUGGUCUAUAGGCCCAAGGUGGAGGCUGAGGCCGCGGAAGAUCCAGCAGGGCAUCCGAAGAAGAAGGCGCGAAAGGCCAAAUGA